AUUAAAACAAAGUCCAAAUACAAACAAUAUAUUUAUUUAUUUAUUUUUUUAAUUUAAUUUGAUUAUACUAAAUAUUUAAAUUAAAUUUUAAUUUUUACUCUAUUUUUUAAAAAUUUUUAAAAUACAACACACUUUUUUUUUAUUUUAUAUAUAAUAAUUAUCUUUUUCUUUUUUAUUUAUAAUGUUAUUUAUUUUAAACUACAAAAUGUUAUUCAAAUCAUUAGGUUCAAUUGUAAAUCAAUCACAAUCAUCAUCACCAAACUACAGUAGUAGCGAGGAUAAUUUAAAUACUUGUACUUUUUCAAAAUCACCAGUACCAUCAUCAUCACCAUUAUCAUCAUCAUAUGGUUCAAAUCAUAAUGCUCACACUAAUCGUUCAAAUGCACCAUCAAUGGUAUUUUCAAGACCAUACUGGAGCUCAACAAAUGGUUUCUAAAUCAUCAUUAUCAUGUGUUUUAUAAUAUAUAAAAUGUAUAAAAUAUGUACUUAUAUUUUCAUUUUAUUAAUUUAUAUAUUAAUUUUUUAUAUAAAAAAUUAGUAUCAAUAUAAUUGUAUAAUUAGUUUUUUAUUUUUAAAAAAAUAGUAAAGAUAAUAAUAAAAAAAGAUUAUAAUUAUAUUUUAAAUACAAUAUAAUCUAUUAAUUAAUUUUUU